CUUGGAACAUUCGCGCAAAGUUUUGUUUAUCAACAAAAUCUCGUGCGCAAUAGAACUUUUUAAAAAUUUUAAAUCGUUCGACACACAAUGACUUCAAUAACUAAAGCAAGGUGUUUUAAUGGUAGAGCUUUAAAAUUAACUCAAUAUCUUUCGUCGACAUUUCAACCUUGGGUCAUAAAACCUCAACAUUUGGCCUUUUCUACCAGCAAUAAAAACUACACUAAAGUAUACAAAUCAUCUGUCGAAGCAGUUGCAGAUAUACGAGACAGUUCAAAACUUCUCCUUGGAGGGUUUGGGUUAUGUGGAAUUCCUGAAAAUUUAAUUGCUGGGCUUUUAAAGACUAAAGUAAAAGACCUAGUAAUUGUGAGCAAUGAAGCUGGUGUGGAUGAUUUUGGGGUUGGCUUACUGCUUCGACAGCAUCAAGUUAAAAGAAUAAUAUCUUCUUAUGUGGCUAGUAACAAAGAGUUUUCAAAGAAGUAUUACCUUUCUGGUGAACUUGAAGUUGAACUUGUGCCUCAGGGAACAUUAGCAGAAAGAAUAAGAGCAGGAGGUGCUGGUAUUCCUGCUUUUUUUACAGCUACCGGUUAUGAAACACAAAUUCAUAGAGGUGGUAUACCAAUACAAUAUAAUCGUGAUGGUUCCGUCAAAAUUGCAAGUCUUCCUAAAGAGCACCGUGUUUUUAAUGGAAGAAACUAUAUUAUGGAAGAAGCCAUCUUUGGAGACUUUGCACUUAUCAAGGCAUGGAAAGCUGAUAGAAUGGGAAAUUUGAUUUUCAGAAAAUCUGCACGUAACUUCAAUGCAACUAUGGCAAAAUCAGCUAAAGUAACCAUAGCUGAGGUAGAAGAGAUUGUAGAUACCGGAAGCUUUUCUCCCGAUGAAAUUCAUAUUCCAAGUAUUUAUGUUGAUCGUGUCGUCAAAGGAGAACGUUAUGAAAAAAGAAUCGAAUAUCUAAGACUCCACCAUAGUAAGUCUGAUGAUGCACCAAAGUGUGAAUCAGACUUAUUACGAGAACGAAUAAUCAAGCGCGCUGUGCUUGAACUUAAAGAUGGAAUGUAUGCAAAUCUUGGAAUUGGUAUUCCUAUUCUUGCAAGUGAUUACUUAAAACCCAAUGUUAAUGUUGUUUUACAGAGUGAAAAUGGAAUUUUAGGUUUGGGUCCUUUCCCAAACAAAGGGGAUGAAGAUGCUGAUCUCAUUAAUGCUGGAAAGGAGACUGUUACAACAAUACCCGGAGGUUCAUUUUUUUCCAGUGAUGAAUCAUUUGCCAUUAUUCGCGGUGGCCAUUUGGAUUUAACAAUGUUAGGCGCUAUGCAAGUUUCACGUUAUGGUGAUCUUGCCAACUGGACUGUUCCUGGCAAGAUGUUAAAAGGUAUAGGUGGUGCAAUGGACCUUGUAGCCAGUCCUACUAGAGUUAUUGUCACAAUGCAACAUAUGGCUAAGGGAAAUCAGCUGAAGAUACUUGAACAAUGUACUUUGCCUAUAACUGGCAAACGAUGUGUUGACAUGAUCAUAACAGAAAAGUGUGUUUUUGAAGUCGAUCCACACGAUGGCCUUAUAUUAAAAGAAAUCUGGCCGACGUUAGGAAUUUCAGAUAUUAAAGAAUCAACUGGUUGCGAGUUUCUAAUAGCCGAAGAUCUUAAACCAAUGCAACAAAUAGAAGAUUAAAAUGCAAUAUGUGUUAAAUAUACAUAGAUAAAUUAAUUUCGGUUUUACUGAAAAUUUAAAUUGUUUUGGUAAAAGUUUUUUUAGCAAUAUACCAAACAUGAAUUAUAAAUUAUGUUAAAAAAAUGUUUUUUUAUUUAAUUUUUAUGUUAUUGUAUUUUACGCUUUUUUUUUUUUUUUUAAUUUUAUCUAGGCAAACUAUUGAGUUAAUUGUAAUUUUUUUUUUUUUUAAUUGGCAUUUGUUUUGGCAGUGUACUUAAAAUUUAAAAUAAAUUCCAGUCAAUAAUUUGAUUAUAAGCA